CACGAACUGUGAUCGCACAUAAAAACACGGAACGUCCACCCAUUGUAAUCGUUAAGAACCAUGUCCACGAUCAACUCUGAGACCGGCGAAGUCGUCCAAGGACGCUCGCCACGCUUCACCAUGUGGGUCGUCUUUCUCAUCUUCGCAACCAUCUCGUUGGGAUCUUCCGUCGAAGUGAAAAAUGGAUCUAGUGAUCCCAAUAAGGCUUCGAAAUGGGCCAUUGCCUGUUCGUCCGUUACGUUUGCCGUCACGUUGCUUGUAACGAUUGCUCAUGUGUUGCCUGUCGCCAGUACGCUUAUCGUCGGCACCAAACUAGAAGGAAUUAUCUCGCUUAUUAUGGCAGCUUUCUGGGCGGCAACUGUUGCAAUCGUCACCAACGCGAGCAACGGACUCGGCGUCGAAUCGCAGACCAACACGGUUUUGAACGGCAAUCUCUACUACGCGAGCUGGGGAGGAUUCAUUACAUCAAUUGUGUUGUUGGUGAACUAUCUCAAGGAAAUCUUCGGCGUGGAUGUGGUCGGUCAAGUCCGCAAUCGCUCCGCGCGUCUCAGCUUGUGGGCCGGCCUCUUGGCGUCCGCUUUCAUUGUCUUGGGAUCCAGUGUACGUGUGUUCAACGGAGAUUGCGAUGGCAGCUCGGCAAGUUCGCAAGAGUACUGCAAGCGAACCAAGUUCGCCAUUGCCAACGGGACUAUCCUCUGCUUUUUUUCGAUUGCGAUUGUCGGUAUGAAGCUCAUGACGUCUUCGGCACCCUUUGUGGUAGAAUUUGUGACUUCUAUUUUCCUCGCUGUACUCAGUGCCUUUGGCGUCGCUUACGUCACGUCGGCAAAAGGUCCUGGAAGUCAGAUUGGCAAUCUUUACUACGCCUCCUGGAUUUGCUUCAUGAGCUCAGCCUUCCUGGCCGCCGAAACUUUCAAUGAAUACUCGUCUGCUGGAGCCGCCGGGGGUUCCAGUAACCACAACAUGUCCAACGGCGACGACAAGCACGACGGGGACAUUCAGGUAGAAGAGCUGGGCGACGAGCGCAUCUAGAGGCGCAGUCCAUCUACAAACAUAGGUAGAAUAUAUGUUCCGUUUAAAAUCUCGUUGCAAG